AUGGCAAGUGAGGAAGAGAGUUUUCUUGCCUUAGUGCAUUGCUUUGGAAAAAUCCAAAAAAGCAAAAGAUAUGGUGUAAAGUUCACUGACAGAGAACCACUAAGUGUUUUCAUCAGUUCAUCAAGCACUUUGUCAGAUUUGAAGAACAGCAUCUUGCAGAAGGUUGGGGUGUUUGGUAGUAAGUGGGUGAAGAAGCUAUUCUACAAGAUUCCCAUCGCAGUUGUCUCGACCGGUGUUAAGUAUGAUACCUUUGUGCUAGCGGCUGAUGAAGAUAUUAGGGUUCUGUUCCAUUGUGUUAGGAGUUUUCCAGAGGUCAGAAUACACGAGUUGUUCGCGAAGUUGGAGGUUGGUGUCGAUAGUUCUGGAGCAUUAGCUCCAAUUCAUAACUCGACUGCCGUGGGCGGUGCGUCUAGUUUGAUGCCUGCGGUGAGACCAUCCGUUCCGCUGGUAGCAUCCCCUUCAUUCGCGGUUGAUUUAGAUCGAACGGAGGUUGUUGGUUCUGUACCUUUGGAGAAUGCAGGGGUCUUUGAGCAGGCGUAUGAGGUGGGCACCGAUGGUGGCUUGCUACCUGAUAUGCAAAGCUUUGGAGAACUUGAUCGAGUAGAGAAUGUAAUGUGUGAUGAUGACUCUGACCAGGAGCAUGUAGAUAUCAUUGGGGACAGCGAUGAUGACACAGGUGCCAAUCCACAUGCACAGCAUGGGCUUUCAAGUUCUGGCACUCAACAGUACCUUCCACACUUCUCCACACUAAACUUGGAGGCUCUGGGUCCACAGGCGGACGGUGGUCCUACAGUUGGGGGCUCUUCUACAGAAUUUCAGAUUGGGCAAUCAUUUCAGAAUAAAGAUGAGGCUGUGCUGAGUGUGAAGGACUAUAGCAUCCGCCAAGGUGUUGAGUACAAAGUCAUCGAAUCAUAUCAUCUUAAGUAUCAUAGAAAAUGCAAGGAGUUCGGCAAGGGUUGUACUUGGUUGAUUCGCGUAGCGCUGCGUGCACGAAAAGGCACUUGGGAGGUUAGGAGGUACAACAGGCCACUCACUUACUUGGCAACCUAUAUUUCCAGUGAUCACCGUCAGCUGGAUUACCACGUUAUCUGUGCGAGGAUUCUUCCGUUGGUUAGGGCAGAUGCUGCGGUCAUGGUAAAGAUAUUUCCACCCUGUAUCGAGGCAUUCCGGCAUUCCAAGCCCCUCUUGAGUAUUGAUGGUACCCACUUGUAUGGCAAGUAUGGAGGGACGCUGCUACUGGCGAUAGCGCAGGAUGGGAACUCCAACAUCCUCCCGAUAGCCUUCGCCCUUGUGGAGGGAGAAAACGCAGAGUCAUAG